CUUUGAGACUGUCCCUGACUGGCCGCCGCAGCAACGGCCUACAGUUCAACCUAGCUUCCUCAGAGUUGAGCUUUACGUAUACUUUUGCAAUCAUGAAGGCAACGAUCCUUGUAUUUGUCGCUUGUGUCGUUUCUGUGGGGUAUGGCGUCCCAAACGACAUCCUGCGGGAAACAGGGACACACUCCUGCUCGUGCCAGGACAUUGGGAGGCUGGAGGACGCGGUCGGAGACCUCACCCACACGAUCAGUAUCCUAGCAGAUCGACUGUCCCAGAUGGAGACCACCCUCAUGGCCACUCAAACUUUGGCUUCCCUGGACCACGGUCUCGGUACCGAGCUCAACCCCGCCUCCUCCUGCCUUCACAUCAAACAGAACAACCCCUCCAGCCAGGACGGAGCCUACUUCCUCAUCGGGAAGGGCGGAACCAUCUACCAGACCUACUGCGACAUGACCACGGCCGGAGGCGGCUGGACGCUGGUCUCCAGCGUGCACGAGGACGACAUGUACGGCAAGUGUACGGCCGGGGAUCGCUGGUCCAGCACUCGCGGGAACAACCGCAACUAUCCCGGCGGAGACGGCAACUGGGCCAACGUGCACACCUUCGGCUCCAUGGGGUCGGCCACUACCGACGACUACAAGAACCCAGGCUACUUCAGCAUCAGCGCCUCCAACGUCAUGCUGUGGCACGUCCCGAACAACGUACCACCGAAGGACUACAAAACCGCCGCCUACCUUCGGUACCGCACCUCCGAUGAUUUCCUGAAUGGCUACGGAGGCAACCUGUACUCGCUCUUCAAAGAUCACUUCCCCAUUGGCUACAACCUCGGCACGUACACCCUCGACAACGGCCCGGCCAUCCCCAUUGUGUACGAACUGGGUAACGAUACUCUAGUAGAGUCUCUGUUGCCUCCGAACGUUGUUUCCCUACAUGAAGCCGUCCCAGGGUUCGUGCAGUUUCGGGUGUUCACCAACACUCGCUCUUGCACUGCGGUUUGUCCAGGUGUGAACUACGUCGGCGGCAACUCCGAGACAGUGUGUAUCGGCGGAGGGGGGUACUGGGCAGAAGGUCUGUCUCAGUGCGGCGACUACCUGUGGAAGGCCUUCAGCGGCUACGGUACCGGUAUCGGCUGGAGCUCAACUCGACUUGUCACGGACCAGGACGGAGCCUACUUCCUCAUCGGGAAGGGCGGAACUAUCUACCAGACCUACUGCGACAUGACCACGGCCGGAGGCGGCUGGACGCUGGUCUCCAGCGUGCACGAGGACGACAUGUACGGCAAGUGUACGGCCGGGGAUCGCUGGUCCAGCACCCGCGGGAACAACCGCAACUAUCCCGGCGGAGACGGCAACUGGGCCAACGUGCACACCUUCGGCUCCAUGGGGUCGGCCACUACCGACGACUACAAGAACCCAGGCUACUUCAGCAUCAGCGCCUCCAACGUCAUGCUGUGGCACGUCCCGAACAACGUGCCGCCGAAGGACUACAAAACCGCCGCCUACCUUCGCUAUCGCACCUCCAAUGAUUUCCUUGAUACCUACGGAGGCAACCUGUACUCACUCUUCAAAGAACACUUCCCCAUCGGCUACAACCUCGGCACGUACACCCACGACAACGGCCCGGCCAUCCCCAUUGUGUACGAUCAGGGUGACAACAACUUGGUCCAGUCAAUGCUGCCUCCGGAAAUCGUUUCACACAAUGAAGCCGUCCCAGGGUUCGUCCAGUUUCGCGUUUUCACCAACCAAAAAGCGUGCCUGGCUGUGUGUGCAGGCGUCGACUUCGUCGGUAUCAACGCGGAGCACGUGUGUAUCGGUGGGGGAUACGAUCCACACCACGGCGGAAGGCAAUGCGGUGACUACGCGUCCAAGGACUGGGAUGGCUACGGCACGGGCGUCGGUAUGAGCUCCACUCAGCUUGUAACGGAGUCUGUCAUCAUGUUCUUUUACCGUUAAGAAAUGGCACACGAUGG